CUCUCUGUGCAACCCACAUGACAGUGAUUAAAUCAAAACUGCCUUCACAUCUCUUUUCCCGCUCUCUUGCUUUUGAAGCAACUCAUCCAUAUUCUGACCAUUCAAAAGAGCCUCUCACACGCAAGCUCCUUUAUCUCUUGAAGCAUUGCAAAUCUCCCAAAUCCUUGAAACAAAUCCACUCUCACAUGAUCAUCAACUCCAUAGAAGAACAUAAUUUCCUCCUAACAAAACUGGUUGAUCUCAAAGAUAUUUCUUAUGCUUUGCUCCUCUUUUCUCAAAUCCCUGAGCCCAACAAUUUUGCAUACAAUGUCAUGAUUCGCGGUCUAGCUAAUACGCAUCACUCCCUCACACUUGAAUUCUAUUACCAAAUGAAGUUCUCUGGUCAGAAACCGAAUAAGUUCACCUACCCUUUUCUACUAAUCUCGUGUGCAAAUCUCAAGUCAUUAGAUCAAGGGAGGAUGGCUCACUCGUUGAUUUUCAAAACUGGGCUGGAUUCUGAUAGUCACGUCAGCCACUCAUUGAUCACAAUGUAUUCUAGGUGUGGUGAAUUGGGUAAUGCACAGAAGGUUUUUGAUGAAAUUGCGGAAAGAGACUUGGUGUCUUGGAAUUCAAUGAUAUCAGGGUACUCAAAGAUGGGUUUUGCAAGGGAGGCUGUGAGGUUGUUUAGGAGGAUGAGGUUGGCAGGUUUUGAGCCUAAUGAAAUUACUUUAGUUAGUGUUCUAGGGGCAUGUGGGGACUUGGGUGAUUUGAGUUUGGGAAGGUGGGUUGAGGUAUUUAUGGAGGAAAAUAAAGUUGGGUUGACUUCUUUCCUGGGAAGCUCACUAAUUGGUAUGUAUGGGAAGUGUGGGGACUUGGAUUCAGCACGAAGAGUUUUUAAUAAAAUGCAGAAGAAAGAUGUUGUCGCAUGGAAUUCCAUGAUAACAGGAUAUGCACAAAAUGGGGCUUCAGAUCAAGCAAUCUUGCUAUUCCGUGACAUGAGAGCAGCUGCUGUGGACCUAACUAAGAUCACAUUGAUAGGAGUUCUUUCAGCAUGUGCCUCCAUAGGGGCCCUUGACGUAGGAAAGUGGGUAGAUGCAUAUGCUUCAGAAAAGGGCUUAAAACAUGACAUAUAUGUUGGCACUGGUUUAAUAGAUAUGUAUGCCAAGUGUGGAAGCUUAGACCAUGCACUAAGAAUCUUUGCAGACAUGCCUGAUAAAAAUGUGGUUACUUGGAAUGCCAUGAUCUCUGCCCUUGCUGUUCAUGGGCGGGCCUGGGAAGCCAUAUCAGUAUUUAAGCGCAUGGUGGAGGGUGCAGAGGUCUAUCCAGAUGAGAUAACAUUUGUUGGUGUGCUUUCUGCAUGCGUGCAUACUGGUUUGGUUGAUGAGGGUCAUCAGUGGUUUAAUUUGAUGCAGCCAGCUUUUGCAGUGGCCCCAACAAUUGAGCACUACUCCUGCAUGGUUGAUCUUUUGGCACGUGCUGGACGUUUGCAUGAAGCAUGGGAGUUCAUCGAGAGGAUGCCUGAAAAGCCUGAUGCAGUCACCUUAGGGGCACUUCUCAGUGCCUGUCGGAAUCUUGGCAAUGCAGAGGUUGGUGAACGGGUGAUGCAACUACUUCUAGAAAUCGAGCCGUCAAACUCAGGAAACUACAUUAUCUCAUCAAAGUUAUAUUCAAAUUCAAAGAAGUGGGAUGAUUCUGCAAGGAUGAGAGGAUUGAUGAGGGAGAGGGGUGUCAAUAAGACUCCUGGUUGUAGCUGGGUAGAGAUUGAGGAUCAAGUUCAUGAAUUUCAUGCAGGUGAGGAUUUGCACCUUCAAUCACAAGCCUUUUACCAGGUUGUUAAGUUGUUAAAUAAGGAGCUAAAGAUGGAAGGAUAUAUUCCAAGGGUUGAUCUUUCAUAGAAAAUGGAGAAUGUUUCUUCCCUCACUGUGCUUGGCAGCUGCAUAAGAAAUUGCUCAUCCUUGGAAUUACAUAUUUCUAUGGAAUAGGGGAACAGUUUUAUUGUCUUUCCAGCAGGUGCAUGGCUUGGGGU